UGCAAGAGACCACAAUGAUCGGAAGACUGGCUGUUUUGGUUCUUAGUACAGUGUACCUGAUUCAGACCACAGAUGUUCCUCACCAGGUCUCUGUGACUUUGGUUGAACUUGGUGGAAAUGUUACUUUGGAAUGUACAGUUUCUGAGAAGGAAGUCCAAUUCUCUUACUGGUACAAGCAGCCUCUUGGAUAUACGGUCCAAACAGUUGCUAAAGGAACUUUGACUCAACAAACACUCAGUUCGCAAUUUAACAACCCACGUUUCGAAGUCACAAAGGAGAAGACUCAGUAUUUUCUUACCAUCAGAAAUAUCAUCAAAGAGGAUGAAGCAACAUACUUCUGUCUCAGUGGAUCAGUGUAUUCACACAUUUUUGUUAAAGGAAUCUUCCUGGCAGUAAAAGGUCAUAAUGAGCAGAAAUCUCUCUACGUGAAACAAAGUCCGGAGACUGAGUCGGUCCAGCCGGGCGGCUCAGUGACUCUCCAGUGUUCACUUCUCUCUAAGAACAAAGAGAACAGAGUCCAGUGUCCAGGUGAACACAGUGUGCACUGGUUCAGAUCUGGAUCAGGAGAAUCUCAUCCAAACAUCAUUUACACUCACAGUGAUAAACAAGAAGAAAGAAGUUGUGACUACAGUCUGUCAAAAACUAUCCAGAACUCCUCUGAUACUGGGACUUACUACUGUGCUGUGGUCACAUGUGGAGAGAUCCUGUUUGGUGAAGGAACCAAAGUGGAGACAAGAUCAAAACUGGAACUAGUUGUCAUCGUGCUUGGAGUCCUGUUGGCCUGCUGUGUGACUGUGAUUGUCCUCCUUAUUUUGUACGUAAAACAAAGGAGAGUUUGUCAACAUUGCAAAGCAGCGACAAGUGCCGCCGGUAAUCCUGGACAUGACAAGUCGACAGUGGAUCAAUCAACCGACCUGGAUGUUGACGGAGAUGCAGUUAACUAUGCAGCACUGAAUUACUCCACGAGGAAAGUGAAAAGAGUGAAAAAAAGAGAGUCUCCAUCAGAGUGUGUGUACUCUGCUGUGCGAGCAGACUACCACACACAGCUCCACCUGUAGGCGGAGCAAGGCCUGCAUGUGAAAUGAACCCCCACAUGUCUCCAUCGGGUUGGACUUUGCGCAGCUUUGCUUUUUGUUUAUAACAAAUGCCAUGAAGUUCAUUUUUCUUCUAUUUUGGUUUUAAAUAAGUGCUUCCUACUUAAAUAUUUUAAGGGAAUAGGGGGGAUGAGUACAAUUGCAGUUACUAGUUUCCUCAAGCUGACAUUUCUAGCUUAGUCUUGUAGACACAUGAAAAAAAAUCUAGCUACUCAACUAUAUUCACCAAAGUGAAAGCAAUGCAGAUUUUUCUUUCUUCUCUUUUGUGCCCCCUACAGGCUAUUCUGAUAUUCACACCAACCCCACUGAACUGAAUAAGUUCACAGUAAUUCACAGUAAGAAUGACUUCUGAAUGGAGAUCAUUGGAAAAGACCGAGCGUGUUUUAGUCACUGACGUAGUUUGCUCAAUUCUGAAGAAUGUUCAUAGCAGUUUCAUAAAGUUUAAGUGGUCAAACAAUGAUGACAUAGAGAAAAAGUAAAAAUGCAUGAACUUUAUUAUACAUAAACAAAAAAUAAAAAUAAAUGCUCCGUUAUUUGUGGUCUCUGUUUGUAAACAAAAAUAGCUGCAUGAUCACGCCAAAUAUUUUACUUUUUACAAUUUUUGUAAUGUCAUUGUGACUGCAGUAGCAUUUCCUGUAAUGCAUUUCAUCAACAAGCGCCACAACAGUUAUGAUGAAAACAAUUAAACACUCCAGUUGUGACUACACAUGGCCACGUUACACAUUCAAUUUCACCCACAUCAUAGUUAGAAUUAAUUACCACUUUUGGUAGAACUCUUAUUUUAAAAAUCCUUCAUCACGGUAAAGACGACAAGGUAAAAGACUAAAAAUAACCCAAGUUGACAAAGACAGAAAGUGUGUGUGACAGUAAAGUUUCAGUGUGACGACAUCCUAAACGGAUGACAGGCCUUCGACUUAUGCUGUGCUUAUCACAGUUUCAAAAACUUUAAGUCCAACAUACAUAAUGCAACAGUAGCGAUGUAAUUAACAGUUUAAAUUCAACCAACUAGUUUUAAAUGUAAGCAUAAGAACAAAACAUUAAAUCAAUAUAUACAUCAUAUGCACAACACUAUAAUAGCCACAUAAAACAGCCUUUACCUUUAAAAAAAGAGAACAUCAGCUAUCACUUAUGGUACCAACUGAUGUUAAACAGUCCACCCUCAUGCUAAUCCAACCCAAAAGCCUUGACAGCAGAAUAGAUCCUCUCCCUCUCCGCUGCUUUUGCGUCCCUCGUUCCAUCACUGCCAGUUUUCAUCACGGUAAAGACGACAGUAGAAUAAAUCCAUCUGUCUUCAUUUCUCUGAAGAAAUGUAUUGAA